AGACGGUCCUUAAUAGGGAGCUAAAGCAAAUGCGAAGACGACAACGACGACGACGACGACAUCUUCAAAAAAACAAUAGAUUUAAUGAUCAAAACAACAGAUCUGCACGUGCAUCACGCUUUUAGCACAUUUUUUUGACGUCCACUGCUCGACUACGUCGUGAAACCUCCUAAUUUGACGUUUUAUGGAGGACGUAAACAUACGACGACGAAUUUUCCUUCCCCUUUUUGAACUUGAAUAAAAUCCUUAAGAAUUUAACUCCAGGAAAAGUCGCCUACAUUUGGCAUAUUGAGCGGGUCCAGAUAGACGCGAUUAAGUUUGGAAGAACGCAAAUUCAUUUUUUUAGCGACGUUUUCACUGCCGUCGUCGUCGUUGUCGUCUUUGCUUAAGGUCCCUGUUGUUGAAGAGUGCAAGCGAGAUCUGCUGAUGGUAUCAUCUCCUGAUGGUGUUGUAAGGCAGAUAGCACAAUGGUUUGAGAUUACCUGCGACACUCGCUGGAAUGUUUACAACUUGCUUGUAAAGGUGAAGAUGCCACAAAGGGUAUGCGAAUGUGCGAAUGGUAAUAUUGACCCACAGCAACAUUCACGUGAAUGUAUCUCAGUGCCUUGAUAGGCUAGUUCAGUGCCAGACAGAGAAACUAAGUGCGUUUAAGUCUAAAAAGCAGUUGACCAAGGAGUUGAAACGAUUCUGGGGAUCUAGCGACUCUCUCUUGGUACUACAAUGUAAACCAGAGCUAGAUGCUUCGCAUUUGCUUCUUGCAAAAUCCAUUAUUGGGCAGCAGAGGAUGUUCAGAGAGAAAGUAAGGCCAAUAAGGUUGAGAAUCAGCGCUGGUAAUUCAGAUUUCAAAGCAGCUGGAAGAAAGCGACGAUCGAGGUGUUGGAAGACACUGUUUUGCCAGACGAAAGAAUUAACUUUCUAAAGUCUGCAAUGGCAAAUCACGUAAAGUUCCGCAUUAACCGCAACCCCGCUCUUCUGAUCACUCGAAACUAUUCAGAGAAUUUCCAUGCACAAGCAGCAUUAGCAACUCUUCUCGAGAAGAACAACCCAAAGCCCCUUGAAGAUACCAUUCUUGCUAUGUUAAGUUCAGCAGAAAAGGGAAUGGAGAUGGCGGCCACCCUUGCCAAGUCGUUUUAACUUAUUCGUUCUACGCGAGCUCUAAAGGACAGUGAAGACAAAGCAAUAAACUCCUUUAUAGGGAAACUUGAGAUUUUUGAAAAUCCCUAUGUCCAGCUCCUCCUGAGAAUUACGGGAAGGAAAGAUUUCAAAAGUCAAAAACUUUGUAUUUCUUCAGAGUCUUCACCAGCUGAUGUGCAUAGGGCAACACUAAUCCUGCAUCUUUGCAUAGUUCUAGCCUCUCAUUUCAGAGGUCUUAAGCAGAAAAAGCUGACAUUUAUGUCGUAGUUUACUAGUCCUUUGACCUCAAGCAAUACAUACGUUCUGGCGUGUGGAGAGGGUUUUCAGCAGCCGUAUGAGGUACAUCGCAAUUGCAUCUUCUAUGAAACAUGAUUUUCCCUUUGCUCCUGUAGAACAUUCUUUGUUGCAGCAAGUGACAAAGUCUCCCAACUGCAAUUCACUUUGAAAAGCUGAGAAAGUACCUAGCAAGAAUACUGCUGCUGUUAAAGCCAUACAGCCAGCUAAAGUUCCUGUCUGUCUCACAUGUCCUCAAGAUCUUUCAGUUCGCCUAGGGCAAAUGGAUCCAAGAGAAUUCCGAGUUCUCCAUUUGUUUGUUCAUUCUGCACUUUACGGAGGCUACGAGAUGGAGUUGUUUGAUCAAAAUAGUCUUGCUCAAAUACUGGGCAAUUCUGUUACGGAGAGUGAUCAUUGCGAAGUGUGUUUCCGGCAGAUUGAUAGUGACCUAAGAGCUGUAUUGUAUUAUUGUAUUUUAUUUUUACUCCAUCCUAUAAUACAUUAGUUGUACAAUAAUACAAUAGUUGUACAAUAUCAAUGAUACAUUAGUUGUACAAUAUCAAUUGGUACAAAGUUGCUUAAACUACGUGUACAUAAUAAUGAUAAUAAAAGAAGAAAAUUUGAAUGGAGAAGGACACAUUAUAGUAAGACUAAUCAUGGCCCUUUAACAAGAUUGACUUUAUUCUUUUGUAGUUUUGUUAUUCAUUAGAAACACAAACACGCACGCACGCACACACACACGCACACAAGUCAAUAUUGAGCAAGAUAAUAUUUUUUAAGUGCCUCUUUGAACAGCAUUUUCGAUGAUUUAUUGCGAAUAGAAAGGGGGAGAUCGUUCCAAUAGUAUUUUCCAAUGACGGUAGGGCAAAACUUUCGAAUAUUAAUUCUUGAGUGGGGAAUGUGUAAUUGCUGAGCAGAUGCACUUCGUGUAAAAUAAUCAUGUUGCUCAGAUACAAGAAAUAAUGGAAAAUUACACGGCUUAUUAUCAGAGACAUAAUCAUAUAAAAACAAACAAUUGUAAAUUUUAACAAUAUCCCGAAAUUUUAAUAAACCUAGAUGAGCAUAAUGAGGAGUGAAAUGAUCUCGUAAAGGAACGUCAUUCAUUAUUCUAACUGCUUUAUUUUGUAGACGUUUGAGCUGUGAUAAUGGAUUAUCAUAAUUAUUUCCCCACAAUAAGCAACCAUAUAUGAGAUAUGGGUAAACAAGAGAAUAGUAAAUACUAGUUAAACAUUGAUUUCCUAGAUAACUUUUUAUCUUUGUCAUAAUAUUAAUACUCUUACUGAGGCCCUGCCAGGGGGGGCUCCCAUGUCGCUGGUCUGAAUUUUAAAACCUCUCGUGUCGGUGUUUACUAAUGCUUCACGUCGCUGUCGGAAAUUGAACGAAAAUUCUUUGUCUUUGUCGGAAAUUUAGAAAAGGGGGGUAGCGAUGUGUUGUAAAGAAACCAUUACAGUUGUACAAUUUCUCAGUUAACCUUUCGCGUAUAGAACACCGAUACAUCGCCAUUCACAAUUAAGGGUGUGUUCCUUUCGGUGAAUCCAAAAACGGAUUUUCGAUCUUAAAACGGAUUUCGCGUUCCUUUCGGCAAAUCCAAAUUCGGAUUUUUGAUCUGGUGAAUCCUUUUUGAAAAAAGAUUCACAUUGGAUUUGAAAUCCGAAGAAUCCGAAUCCAGAUUAACGGAUUAGUGAUCUACGCUGUUCCAUUCACAGUGGAUUCGAAAUUAGUCAGAUGAUCCAGCUGUAUUUCCCGUAGAACCUUUCCUAAUUGCUGCCAUUUGCCGUAAAACAUCUGAAAACACUAGAAGAUUGUUCAAAGUGGUACAGUAAAAUAUCCAUGUGCUGACCAUUUGUCGCUAAAAGGGACAAAUAACAGCUAUCUUUCUACAAACUCGCUUGUGGACGCGAUAGGCACUCGACCGUGUUACAUAAAAACCGAGCUACGAAACUGGAUCAAACUGAGCCGACAACCUUUAGAUAAUUUUCAACUUUAACGCUCUCCUUUCUUGAUCUGUUCAAUAUGUUCCAUCGUCGUUAUUCGAACUGCCGACCACAAAAUUCUGCACGGUAUAAUCGCAUAAUUUGUCAAACAGUGCAAAAAAAAGGCAUUUCUUGAGAGGCUGAGGCUGUCAUGCAUAUUGCACGCGUUUGCAAAAAGGUUACCAAGGUAACAAAUCCAAUUUUGGAUUUAACGUUCCUUUCGACCGUGAAAUCCGACAAAUCUCGGAUCAGAAAUCCGUUGUUGGAUUCCCUUAAAGGAAUACUGUCAACACACCCUAAGUGAUCCACGUUCAACAUUUUAAGACUAACUGACGUGAAGACCGGUUAACGGUGGUCUACUCUGUGAGAGCGAUUGGAAGUUCGGUGAUUAAGUUACCUGGUCCAUGGUCUCUCCACCGUCAUCACCGUCCGACACAGGGCGACAAGGAUGUGAGAAGUUCGGGAACAAGCAAAGUAUUCACCAUUUUCACAUAGACCAUAAUGCACCUUGUUUACCCCCCAAAAACUUUGCAUAACCAUUGUUUUCGAUUUCUCUUGGGACGACUGUAAUACCCUGGAGAAUUUGGAAACAAUGGUUAUGCAAAAUUCUGAUUGGGAAAACAAGGUACAUUAUAGUCUAUAUGAGAGUAGUGAUUACAAGAGAUGUAAAGCGUGCGUAAAGUUUCGUAAAGUUAAGCUAUUUGACGGACAACCUAGUUCCAAGGUCUCCAAGGAGUUAUGCGGGGUUGCGUAAAUGAAGACUACGCGACGGGCCAACGCGACGCGUUCAGGAGGGUCCACUGAAACUCCCUGACGAGAGACAAUCUCUGAAGCGCAAGGAAAAUUAACGAAAAUAACUUCUUAUUGGCAUUCAGACUGGUGAUAAAUUAGCUAAACCACCGUUCUUUGUCGCAUAUUCUCGGCUUUGCUGUCACUGUCGCAAUUUGACCAAGGCCGGGUUGUCGCUUGUCGGGAUUUCAUUUUAGGCUCUGUCGCUACUUUUUGGGCCAUGUCGCUUGUCGGAAUUUACCCUGGCAGGGCCUCCUUACUGACUUUAUCACAAACAUAGUCGAUAUGGUCAUGCUAGGAUAGGUGGCUGUCAAUAUAGAUACCUAAGUAUUUAAUUUUGGAUACUUGCUCUAAGCGUUGGCCAGCUAUCGAUAGCGGAGGUAAUAAAUUAUAAUCUACUUUCUGACGAGGUUGAAAGAUAAGAUAUUUAGUUUUUCUUAGAUUUAAGGUUAAUUUAUUUGCACAUAGCCAGUCAUAAAUAUUAGGUAGUUCUUUAUUUAUCUUUAAUAAGACCUAAGAGCUAAUGAAGAAUAUGUCAUAUAUGUACUAAAGUACUUCCAUCCUUACUUCGGCAGGUUUAUGUCAAACAGAAGAAGAAUGGUUGGCAUGGGAAAAAAAGUUUGCUGAAACUAUGCGCCCUUUACUUCGAGAGUUUUACCUAAGAAAAGUGGUGGCAAGUUCGCAAGACCUCAUGAGCACAUCUCUAAUGGCUGUUCGAAGGAGUGUAGAGGAAAUUGAUGACCCCCAGUUUUCAGACACGGCAGAGAGAAACCUGCACCUUCCUAGGUUGUUGCGUGUAACUCUGCCUAAAACUUUCACGUCCCUCAGAGUGUGUUAUUUGUCAGCUGAUCAGGAUACUAAGAACCAACAUCCCCUUUUUGGGUUAUUUCUUGAUUUUAACGACUCUCUUCCAAAUGUCGCAAGCCUCCACAAUCUCCUUUGCUGGAGUGGUAUCGUAGACUCACUUUUAAGUGGACGUCUGAGUCGCCACGAAGCCACUACAAAUAUUGGAGAUAUCAUUCGAAAAGAAUCCAAAUCUUCUGAGGAGAGAAAGCGAUUAAGUGAGAUCUUCGAGAAGUUCAGCAUGGCAUGGGAGAGGAUGCGUCCUUUUGUCAGGGACCGUUUAAAACAGGAUGUGCCAUACUUAAACGAAAGCUCACCGAUUUCUUUUUGCUUGAUUGAGAAAAGAGGCCAGGGUGCCUUUCUUUGUGCUGCUAUGGAAAUACUUGGGGAGAUCCAGAAUGAUUUCUUGCAGAAGAUGCUCAGUAUUGCAUCAACAGGAAAAUGUUCUGCGCUAGUCUUUCUGGAGAAAGAAGAAGGAAAAUUCAGUAUUCCAGUUGUCCACUUACAGGAAGCCCGGGAAAAAGAAAUUAUCCAGUAUCAAUGGACAGAUGAAAUUUUAAGGCAUUCUCAACGUAGCACCGAGUACGGCCAUGGCAGGGAGAUCUUUUUUGAUCUUGAGAAGAUUGAAAAAGAGAUGGCAGUCAGAUUCUUGGCGGGAAAGUCUUACCUUUCAACUCGCGAGGGAUUACAAGAGUUCCAUUUCGCCGGAGAGCUCUUUCAUACUUGUGGAGACAUUCUGGACGACUUACAAGAACUGAUUCCGCAGCAACCACUCACAGAUGUGUUUCGAAAUAGUCUUUCGCAUCAAUAUGAACAGAGUCUGAAGAACGUACAAGAUUUGCUUGAGCACGUGGAAAUUGUCCUUUGCCUGUUAAAAAGACAUCGCGUUGGGAAACCAAAGGACCCUUUGACAGAAUUCACAGACAAGUGGGUGCGUGGACCAAGGCCGUUUCCCAAAGGAUUUACUCCCUCAGCCCCACAGCGCCAUCCAGCUCACACAUGUAGUUGCCUUGUACGAGUUUCUCGAAGACAUGUUGGCUGAAUCGGCUGCCAAACGAGUUCACGACAGGUAUCGUGUUCCCAUACCUGAAGAGAUAGCUAACGAAAUGACCAAGGGAACCCCCACGUCUGGAGCAACCGAGUCACAUCGUUCUGUUCUAAAUGCCAUCGCAGUAGCGCUCAAACGCUUCAUUUAUCGUUAUCUUUCUUCUGAGGAGAUGAAACCUGAACCAGCUGAGAGUCUGAAGGAGUGCAUGCAGGAGCGGUCGCUUUGGCCAAUCGAUGCAUUCAAGGUGUGGAACCCGGAAGUGGAAUCUCCGUCAGUAUUCAUCGGUGACGUGUUUCCCGAAAAGCUUGCCAUAAAACAUACGUACCAAGUUUUAUGCUUUUACCAGGAUCGACUUGAAGUAAGUGAUGAAAAAUAUACUCACCCCCAUUUUGCAAUAGUUUUCUCCUCAACACAAUUUAAAGCUGAAAUUCUGUGGACCCCUCCCCCUCCCCCAAAGAAAAGUUGAAGAUUUUUAUCUCUGACGUAUCCUGCCUCUCGACUGCUGAGACCCUAGUUCCUUUUAUUCUUGACAAUAUGUCAAAGAGUUUUUCUUUGGGUUUCGCAUCUCUCGUCAUUGUUAUAGGUCACUCGUAGUAUCAUGCGACGUUUUGUCGACUAUGACCCUUCCAACCCCCUUCCUUUCCAGGGGUAUAGGUAAACAAACAGGCAAACGCUUUAUCCAUUGGCAAUCUUGGUCUAUUUGAAAGAUUCUGGGUCAGUUAUUUAAACAGAGUUUAGCCCGUGUUUAACAAAACCGCGUUCUAGGCCAUUUUCAGUUUGCCCAACGCUUUUAUCUAAACAUCACUUAUCGUGAACAAUAUCAAUAUAGCAUGUAGGGUAGGGAAAGAGAUCUGGAGGUCCAAUGUUUUAUUAAACCGCGGGCCUAAGUUAGACUUCGUUUAAAUAACCGACCCUCUGUAUCUUAACUGCGCGUGACUUUCCUUUUCUCAACACAUCAUAAGCAAAUUCAACGCAGCUAAUCAGAAGGAGCACCUCCCUAACCGCUCUUAAAUUGAAGACAUUUAAAACUGAAAUCUGGCCAUACGGUACUUUUGAGUCUGAUGAUCGCCUAGUAGUUGAAAACCCGAGUUACAAUAACUUUUAUCCUUAAAUUUGUAUUGUAUAGGCAUGUAUUUUCUAUAUGUUGUGUUUUUCACUUUGUUAUUUGUUAGGUGUUAGAAGAGGAAAAACACGUUCCUCGGAAUCCAACUCCCAAGAUCAGCGGUCCCAGUGCUUCAAGACCCCGUCAGCAUAAAAAUCGAAGGCUCUUCAGCAAAGUCUGAGGUGGACAGUAAAUACUCUGUGAGUGAUAUAUCC